AUGCUAGACGCUACAAUGGCGCCUCACGCCGACAUUCCCGAAAUGGCUCUUGAGAGCGUACCAGAGCGCAAUGGCUCCAGAUUCAAGACUCACCUCCAAUCGACACCGCAAAACGACGUGCACGAUGUCAUUUGCCUAGGCUUCGGCCCUGCCGCCCUAGCAAUCGCAGUGGCUCUCCACGAUUCGACCAAGCAGACGGGCAAGCAGCAGCCUCAGCUCAAGACACAACCCAAGGUCGCCUUCCUCGAGAGGCAGGAGAACUUUGCAUGGCACGCCGGCAUGCAGAUUCCAGGCGCAAAGAUGCAGAUCUCGUUCAUUAAGGACAUGGCCACCAUGCGCAACCCUCGCAGCGAGUUCACCUUCCUCAACUACCUGCACGAGAACAACCGCCUGGUGCAAUUCACCAACCUCAGCACUUUCCUGCCCCGCCGCAUUGAAUACGAGGACUACCUACGCUGGUGUGCCGGCUGGUUUCAGAACUUGGUUUCGUACGGACAAGAGGUGGUUGAUAUCUCGCCUGACAGCAAGACCAAGAGCGCAGAGGGCGUGACAACAUGGACAAUCACAUCUCGCAACAUCCACACAAACGAGCUCAGCCACCGCCGUACGAAACGCGUCGUCGUCGCUGUAGGAGGUCACCCCAGAAUCCCCGAGGCAUUCCCUCAACACCACCCUCGCAUCAUCCACUCAUCCCAAUACUGGACUCUCUCCUCCCGUAUCUUCCUCGACCGCAAUGCUCCUCUGAAGAUCGCCGUCAUCGGCUCUGGCCAAUCCGCCGCCGAGAUCUUCAUGAAUCUGCCCAGCCAGUUCCCUAACUCAAAGGGCUACCUCCUGAUCCGUGGCGCCGCUCUGCGACCCUCAGACGACUCGCCCUUCGUCAACGAAGUCUUCGACCCCGAGCGCACCGACGAUACAUUCAACCAAGAUCCCGCCAUCCGUGCCGCAGCCAUCAAGAUGGACAAGGCCACCAACUACGGCGUCGUCCGUCUCGAGCUGCUCGAACACAUGUACGACGUCCUCUACACUCAGCGCCUCGUCCAUGGCGACGACGAAGCGGCAUGGCCCCAACGCCUGCUCAAUCACCGCGAAGUAGAGCAUGUGACUGAAUUGCCCAACGACCGCGUACGUCUGCACAUCAGAAACGACACUGCCAAGUUCAGACGCUGUAAUGGCUCCACCAACGAGUCUUUGGAUGUGGAUUUGGUCAUGAUUGCUUCAGGUUACAGAAGAGAUCACCAUGAGCAGUUGCUUGAGAAGGUCAGGCCUAUGAUGCCUGGCGGUGAUAAGCCUGGCCAGAAGUGGACUGUCAACCGCGAGUAUAAGGUGCAGUUUGAGCAGGGCGCUGUAGCCAAGGACUCUGGUGUUUGGCUACAGGGUUGCAAUGAGGGUACCCACGGUGUAAGUUCCGCUUCUGUCUUCUGA